AUGAUUGUUCGGAAUAUCGGCGCGCGGUUAGGCCGACGGGCCCUGGCCACUCCUCUUUCGCGGGCCUCUCUCCAGGCCCAAUCGCCGCGAUUCUACUCCCAGGACAACUUCACUGCGCCGCCGCCGCCGACGAACAACACCAGGAAGCAGGCUGCUGCCAAGACAGCCUUUGCCGAGCCGACCCUCGAGGAGCAGGCCGAGUUUUACGCCGAGAGCAUCGAGCAACCCACUCCCGAGUUCGUCGCUUCUCCGUCCGCUGCCGCCGAGGCCUGGGGAUCUUCCGGACCCUCCGCCACCGCUGCCGCCGAGACCGUUACAACAUGGGACCCGACUCUCGUCGACGCGGAGGCGCUUAAGCUCAAGCAGGAAAUCGAGGCCAUCCCCGGCAACUACAAGCUCUUCAAGCAGACCAAGGCGCAAACGCAGAAGCUCGGCGCGGGCGUCGAGGUCCGCUACAUCCCCGAGCAGUACCUCCGCAACCCGCCCUCGGAGGCGUCGCUUGAGGACCUCAUGGCCGCCCAGGCCCACAUGGGCCACAACACCUCGCUCUGGAACCCGGCCAACGCGCGCUACAUCUACGGUGUGCGCCAGGGCAUCCACAUCAUCUCGCUGGAGACGACAUCCAUCCACCUGCGCCGCGCCGCCCGCGUCGUCGAGGAGGUCGCCUACCGCGGCGGCCUGAUUCUGUUUGUCGGCACCCGUCCUGGUCAGCGCCCCAUCGUUGUGCGCGCCGCCGAGAUGGCCAAGGCCUGCCACCUGUUCACCAAGUGGAGGCCCGGCACGAUUACCAACCGCGAGCAGCUGCUGGGAGGUGUUCCGCUGACGGUGGUGGACGAGCUCGAUCGCCCCCUCCAAGGGUUCGAGGACCAUCUGCACGACCGCAGACCCUUGGCACCCGAUCUCGUUGUCUGCCUGAACCCCAAGGAGAACAUGACCCUGUUGUACGAGUGCAGCUUGGCCAAGAUCCCGACCAUUGGUAUCAUUGAUACCAACACCAACCCGUCGUGGGUUACUUACCAGAUUCCGGCCAACGACGACAGUUUGCGAGCAACCGCCCUCAUCAGCGGCGUCCUCGGCCGCGCCGGUGAGCAUGGCCAGAAGCGCAGACUCGAAGCGGCGCAGCGCGGCGUGGUCACAUGGAAGACGCCCGCCGACGUGCAGGGUUAUUUUGAGCUGGCGGAGACGCGGGCGGCCGACGCCCGGAAGAGACGGGCACAGGACAACAGCGUGGCUGUGCAGAAGGAGAAGGAUACCUUCUUGAGCGAGGAUGCGCUCAGGGCCAUGUUUGCUGGUGGUGUAUAA